AUGUGCGUGCCAGGGGUUACGGUCCAUGUGUGCAAUGAACACCGUUACGGGUACAUGAACGUGCCUGUGAAAUCCCACCAGGGGCUGGAGGAUGAGAGGGUCAACUUCAUCCACCUGAUCUUGGAAGCACUAGUGGACGGGCCCCCCAUGUGGGCCUCAGCGCAUGUGUCCCGGCCCCCAAAGAGACCCAGCAAGAUGGGGUUUGAUGAGGUGUUUGUCAUCAGCCUGGCCCGCCGGCCCGACCGCCGUGAGCGCAUGCUAAGCUCGCUCUGGGAGAUGGAGAUUUCUGGGCGGGUGGUGGAUGCUGUGGACGGCCGGACACUCAACACCAGUAUCAUGAGGAGCCUCGGCGUGGACCUGCUCCCUGGCUACCAGGACCCCUACUCGGGCCGCACACUGACCAAGGGCGAGGUGGGCUGUUUCCUCAGCCACUACUCCAUCUGGGAGGAGGUGGUUGCCAGGGGCCUGGCCCAGGUCCUGGUGUUUGAGGACGACGUGCGCUUUGAGAGCAACUUCAGGGGGCGACUGGAGCAGCUGAUGGAGGAGGUGGAGGCAGAGAAGUUGCCAUGGGACCUAAUCUACCUGGGCCGGAAGCAGGUGAACCCCGAGGAGGAGGCCGCCGUGGACGGGCUGCCACAUCUGGUGGUGGCCGGAUACUCCUACUGGACCCUGGCCUAUGUCUUGAGCCUGGCAGGUGCUCGCAAGCUGCUGGCCUCCCAGCCCCUGCGCCGAAUGCUGCCUGUGGAUGAGUUCCUGCCCAUCAUGUUUGACCGGCACCCCAAUGAGCAGUACAAGGCGCACUUCUGGCCGAGAGACCUGCGUGCCUUCUCCGCCCGGCCCUUGCUCGCUGCCCCCACCCACUAUGCAGGGGACGCUGAGUGGCUCAGCGACACAGAGACAUCCUCACCCUGGGACGAUGACAGCGGCCGCAUCAUCAGCUGGAGUGGCUCUCACAAGACCCUGCGUGGCCCCCGCCUGGACCUGGCUGGUAGCAGUGGGCACAGCCUCCAGCCCCGGGAUGAGCUCUAGGGCCAGGCGGUGACUCCAGAGGAACACCCAGGAGCAGGCUGUAGCUGGCCAGGGAGGAGAGUUGGAAAUAGCUGCAGGAACCACCACCAAGAGCCACAGACCCCACAGAGACCUAACUGUCACCUUAGGCAUGGCCACUCUGCCCUCUGGCCCCAUCUUGCUUCAGGAGAAACCACUCUGAGAUGGGUCUCCUUCCCUGAAGGUCAUGUAGAGAAAAGGCAGGGCUCACAGGCCCUCUUACCCUGCCCGGCCUGACUCAGGGCCUGGGGUGGAGGGAAGGAGGGGGGGCUCCCCAGCCUUUGGUUUCAAGCUGGACAGACACCAGGAGCCCUGCCCUCUCCGCGGACCCAACUGCCGGGGCCCCUCCACCACCUUCUACCUCCACCUCAGCCCCCUCCCCACUCGACACCUGGGUCUCAGCUGCCUGGGCCCAUCCUGUCCCCCUGGCCACUGGGAAGUGCAGGGAGGUGGGAGGAGGGCCCUGGCAGACCUGGUGCCCAGCACAUAGUAAGCCCUCAGUAAAAGCCAGCUGGUAUUUGCGCUUUAUAUUUUUAA